CUUAUUUUCAAAUAAUACAUUUGGUCGUCAUUACGCGCGCGUAGCAAGGGACGGAAAUUCUUCGAUAUUUUAUACAAUUUGCACUCCGUCGAGGCCGACGUUCAUACCGUAGGAAAGUAAUACGUUAUGAGGGGAUUAUUUUUACGUGCAUAUAUGUCUAUGCCAACGUCAGACGCGAAGGCAUACACGGGGCUGAGUGCGCGACGAACCUUCGUUCCUGCGUGCGUCUCCGCUUUUCUACUGCAUCUCAGCGAGUGAUGUCGACGCGACUUGUGCCACACGUCGUAUACGUAGCAAUCAGCGUAUGUCAAUCGCCGUACUCGCAUCGGCAUUGACGUUUCGUCGCAGUUGCACUGCAAUUUCGUAGAUACUCUGCUUUGUCCCUCACGAGCGUAUAUCUCGACCCAUUUUUUCUUUUCAUAUCUCACGAUCUAAACAAACGUGCCUCUGGCGAUCCGCAAUGGCGGAAACGAACGGGGCCGCAAAUUUAAAUACGAAAAACGGCAAUUUCAUUUGCGGUGUGGUGGAAGGCUUUUACGGCCGCCCAUGGACCACAGAGCAACGAAAAGAUCUCUUUCAGAAAUUAAAGAAAUGGGGAAUGGAUUCCUACUUGUACGCUCCAAAAGAUGAUUACAAGCACCGAGCUUAUUGGAGAGAUUUGUACACCGUAGAGGAAGCUGAGCAUCUAACUGGCCUGAUCACAGCUGCUAGAGAAUAUGGCAUAACAUUUUAUUAUGCGUUAUCUCCUGGAUUAGAUAUUACAUAUUCCAGUUCAAAAGAAGUCACAGCUCUGAAAAGGAAACUGGAGCAAGUCAGUCAGUUUGGUUGUACAGCAUUUGCACUGUUAUUUGAUGACAUAGAACCAGAAAUGAGUGAAGCUGAUAAGGAAGUUUUUCAGUCAUUUGCGCAUGCUCAAGUCUCUGUCACAAAUGAUAUUUUUCAACAUCUGGGUCAACCUCGUUUUCUCCUAUGUCCCACGCAAUACUGUGCCACGCGCGCCAUGCCGAACGUCGCGUCCUCGGAAUAUCUCAACACACUUGGCAGCAAGUUGGCUCAGGAAAUUGACAUUAUGUGGACUGGACCUAAAGUCAUAUCCAGACUUUUAACUGUGGAAUCUAUCGAAGAAAUCACAGAAGUGCUCAGGAGACCACCUGUUAUCUGGGAUAAUUUACACGCCAAUGAUUAUGAUCAGAAGAGGGUGUUCCUUGGGCCAUAUUCUGGUCGCUCUCCCGAUCUCAUACCUAAGCUUAGAGGAGUCCUGACCAAUCCAAAUUGUGAAUACGGAGCGAACUUUAUAGCGAUCCACACAUUGGCUCAAUGGAGCAGGUGCAACGUCGACGGGAAGAGGGACUUAAGUUUAAAUGAUACUGUAUCAGCGGACAUUAAAUUGGAAACUGAGACAGAGGAUGGUGUCCUCGGUGAGGACGUUCCGUCGACACUGUCACCAAACAUGUACCAUCCACGGCAUGCCCUGAAAAACGCGAUAAGCGAGUGGUUGCUGGAAUUCAAUAAGAAGAAAGCAGCCUGGGGAGUGAUAGCCAAGCCGCAGCCAUGUGUCGCAUCGACGAUACCUAUUCCGAUAAUUCCUUCCGUCAAUACGUGUAUGAGUUUGACGUCGACGACGACGACGACGGUUCCUGCGGCCCCUACGCCUGUGGCGAAUUCCAAUCAUCUUCAAGCGUUGGCCGAAGUCUGUUCCAGCGUAACGGGUAACGACAGUUUCGCUCAACCUUCGUCCGGUCCGGUGAUGAACUCCUUGGUAUCGGACAUAAAAGUGGUCAGCGAGCCUGUACUGACUACAUUACCCACCAAUAUGAGCAGCGAGACGCCGUCGACGGUCCUGUCUUCGAUAGAACCCAUGGACUGUAACACCACUCCGAACAAUUCGCCGGCACACAUAGCGAAAAUCCCGACGGAAGAUGACGCUAUGGUAGAUAAUACUUCUACGUGUAGCGAAGCGUCUGGGAGUAUGCAGGUGGAAGUGGACAGCACCUCUCCCACGGUGAACGGCACGCAGAUGAUAAUAGAAAACGACAGUGAAAACCACGAGAGUCCCGAUAACGCGGAUGCGGUACCCCAAGAGCCCGUGGACGUCGAGAAACAGCUGACGCACGAGGAUCUGUCGUUGUUGUGCGAUCUGUUCUACUUGCCGUUUGAACACGGCGGUCAAGGUGUUCAGCUGUUGCAGGAAUUCAAUUGGUUGAAGAGUAACGCUUACGUCGUUAUGAAAAAGUCUAAAGAAGAGGAGUCCGCGUCUGAGUCAGAUAUCGAGGAGUGGCAUCUUCGUGCGGCUAAGUUAAACGACAUGUGCAAUGCGGUAAAUAGAUUAUUCCAAAGGCUUACGUACUGUAAUAACCGCGAGUUGCUGUAUGACUUGUACUCGUACGUAUGGGAUAUGAGGGGAGUUGUGUCACUCUUAAAUAGUUACGUGAAGUGGCUGGCGUUUGGCAGAUUCCCGUCGACGAUGACCACCUUUACCCAGGGCAGCUACACAUGGUUCUCGAAUGGUUGGAAAGAAACAUUUAUGAGUGGAGAACAGGAGCCGUGGGUUUUCCGCGGUGGUCUUACAGCUGAUUUACAGCGAUUGAUUCCAGUGGAUAGUGGUAACGACUUAUUUGUUUACAAAGCACCAGAAGUGCCCAGUAGCAAAAUAUAUACAAUUCGCCCGUAUUUACCGAGCGAUGAAGAAGCGGUUUAUGCAGUGUGCAAUCAGAUUAAUAACUGUGCAUCUUCAUCAGCUGUCUCUGACAGACUUGUUGGAGGUUUUCUAACGCUGAGUCCAGAGUUAUGUAUGGUUGUUGAGGAUGAAAACGGUAUAGUAGGUUACGCAGUGGCUACUCUGAAUGUAAAAUCAUACAAUCAGAAGAUGGUCGUUUCUUGGAUCCCCGAAUUGCGAAUGAAAUAUCCGUUGGAUAACAGCAUUAGCGAGUUGCCGCAGAAUGUUCAGGAUGCCAUACAGUAUUUCCACUCGUUUAUUCCGGACGUAUCGGAACAACUGUGCAGGCAACAUCCGUCGAAACUUAUCUGCGCUGUGUUGCCUAGUGUCACGGAUCAAUCCAUUUGUAAACGUUUAAUAACCUGUGUCCUUGCGGCUUUAAGAGCAAACGGCUCCUUCGGAGUACACACGACAAUGUCCUCCACGGAUAAGGAGUCCCACGAGUUCUACGGCAAAUUAGGUUUCGUCGAUUUAAACCCGGUGCACGAGGAGCACCCUGGAAUAAAAACUAUGUGUAGAAGUUUCUAACAAAGAAUUAGCGCUCCGGUAAUCUUCGUCAAUAAGGUAUACUUGAUUGGACCAUCUGCUAAAAAGAUAGUUAUUUCUUAAAGGAAGUAUCAUUGAUUUUUAGGACACAGAGACUAUGUAUAUGUAAUGGAAUUGAACACUUUUGUUUUCCAACAUCUUUAACAUGCAAGCAUGUUGAAUAUGUCAAGUAUGCCAACACGAUAGAGAUUACAAAGUAAACUUACUUUCGUCGCGAAAAUAUAUUUCGAUAGGAUAUCGAUAGUAUCUAGAGAUGUGCGAAUCAAAAAUUUUUA